AUGGAUUAUUCCUUUUACUAUCUCUUUGUUUAGUAAUAAUUGGGAUGCUAUGUUUAGAUUGUUUUUAUGGGAUUUUUGUUUCGGAAAUGCUAGGCUUUGCCCAUCAAUAGAGAAAAAGGGCAAAACCCAUUUCAAAUCCUGAAGAGGACUUUAUUGGUCACCAUGGGAUUUCCCUCUUUUGAUGGUUUUGAUCUUUUACAGGCCAUGGGCCUUAAGUUGUCCAUGAAAAGGGAACUGGGUGGGGAUGAGAUGAACAAUGGGGAUUCACAAAAUUGCUAUGUGAUGAUGAAUGAGCCGGUGGAUGCUGACAAGGGGAAGGAGCUUAUGCCAGCAGUUGAAGGGAGCACGAUGACUGAGCCUAGUUAUCAGCAUAAAUAUCCAGAGCCUUUUGCAAAGUACAAGGAUGUCGUCGAAGACAGUAAGUUGUUCAUGGAUACCCUUGGGAAGCUACAUGCAGCAAUGGGAACAAAGUUCAUGAUUCCUACUAUAGGAGGAAGAGAACUCGAUCUUCAUCAGCUUUUUGUGGAGGUUACAGCUCGUGGUGGUAUUGAAAAGGUAAUUGCAGAUCGCAGAUGGAGAGAAGUAACUGCUGCUUUCAAUUUCCCAUCCACAGCCACAAAUGCAUCAUUUGUUUUGCGAAAGUACUACAUGUCCUUACUGCAUCACUAUGAGAAGUUAUAUUUCUUUGGAUCAUUGGGAUGGAGCUCACCUACAACUGCUACUUCAGUGCCAGCUGAGAGAUCGGCUGAGGCAAUCUUGCAACAUUCUGCAAAAUCUAUUAGUGCUCGAAAACGAAGAAUCAAUGGAGAGCUUACACCUCCAGGAACUGUGAAUGUUGGCGCACAAAAGCUCAGAGGUGUCCUUUUUCACACUCAAGAACAGAGUUCAAACCGAGCAGCAGUAUUUUCAGGGAAUGCUGACUAUAGUGUUGAGAAGGUUGAUCGCCGUCGCCGCCGUAAAAAGAAGCUCAGCAAGCGUGACCCUUCACAUCCAAAGCCUAACCGGAGCGGGUACAAUUUUUUUUUCCAAGAGCAGCAUGCCAGGCUUAAACCGCUUCAUCCAGGAAGAGACAGAGCAAUCAGUAAAAUUAUCGGGGAUCUUUGGAACAAACUAACUGACACCGAGAAAUCUGUUUACCAGGAGAUAGGUGUGAAGGAUAAAGAAAGGUAUAGAAGCGAGAUGGCAGUUUACAAGGAAAGAUUAAGGACAGGUCAGGUUAUAAGCGAUGCUUCAUUAUUUGAGGUUUUUGGUGUUGCGGAAAUGUUUACAUGA